AAGAGAAAAUAACAGAAAAGGAUGAAAAAAACAGAAAAAUCCCAAAUCUCAGAUCUACCGCGAGACGCUACUUGCACUGCAGUGGCUGGCUGGAUCUCUGCCUACUCCCUCAAAUUGAAUUUAAUUUUCCAAUUUUCUUUUUCGCCAUUUUCUUCAGUCCUUCACUGAUUAGUUAUUCCUUUCCCUUCCCAUCGCCUCUAUAAAUAUCUCGAGACGAUAGUCGCCAUUCUCGUGUUCUGCUCUACAAUCCCUCUUUGUAUUUUCACUCUGAAGGAAGAGAACCCGUUCCUUACUCGGUACCCAUCUUCUCCCCGCUUCCUUCUCCGUAAGAUAAAAAGAAAUGGUGUCCCACAUUGUUGGAUAUCCUCGUAUGGGCCCCAAGAGGGAGCUCAAGUUUGCCUUGGAGUCCUUCUGGGAUGGCAAGAGCAGUGCUGAGGAUUUGCAGAAGGUGUCAGCUGAUCUCAGAAAAUCCAUCUGGAAGCAGAUGUCUGAUGCUGGCAUCAAGUACAUCCCCAGCAACACUUUCUCUUACUAUGACCAGGUGCUUGACACCACAGCCAUGCUCGGUGCUGUUCCACCUAGGUAUGGGUGGAACGGUGGUGAGAUCGGCUUUGAUGUGUUCUUCUCCAUGGCUAGAGGAAAUGCCUCUGUCCCUGCUAUGGAAAUGACCAAGUGGUUUGACACCAACUACCAUUUCAUUGUCCCUGAGUUGGGUCCUGAAGUCAGCUUCUCUUAUGCUUCUCACAAGGCUGUCAAUGAAUACAAGGAGGCUAAGGCGCUUGGAGUCGAUACCGUUCCAGUUCUUGUUGGUCCAGUCUCCUACUUGUUGCUAUCCAAGCCUGCCAAGGGUGUUGAGAAAUCAUUCUCUCUCCUCUCCCUGCUCGACAAAAUCCUCCCAGUUUACAAGGAAGUCAUUUCAGAGCUUAAGGCUGCUGGUGCAUCAUGGAUUCAGCUCGAUGAGCCUACACUUGUGAUGGAUCUUGAUUCUCACAAGUUGAAGGCAUUCACUGAGGCCUACUCCGCUUUGGAGUCAACUCUUUCUGGCCUGAAUGUUCUAGUUGAGACUUACUUUGCUGAUAUUCCUGCCGAGGCAUUCAAGACCCUCACCUCGUUGAAGGGUGUCACUGCUUUUGGUCUUGAUUUGGUUCGUGGAACCAAGACCCUUGACUUGGUGAAGAGUGAGUUCCCCAAGGAUAAGUAUCUGUUUGCCGGGGUGGUUGAUGGAAGGAACAUCUGGGCUAAUGAUCUUGCUUCUUCUCUUAGCACCUUGGAAUCUCUUGAGGGCAUUGUGGGCAAAGACAAGCUUGUUGUGUCUACUUCGUGCUCCCUUCUCCACACCGCUGUUGAUCUUGUCAAUGAGACCAAGUUGGACGAUGAAAUCAAGUCAUGGCUUGCAUUUGCUGCUCAGAAGGUUGUUGAGGUGAAUGCUUUGGGCAAGGCCUUGGCUGGGCAGAAGGAUGAGCAAUUCUUCUCAGCUAAUGCUGCUGCCCAGGCCUCAAGGAAGUCAUCUCCAAGGGUGAACAAUGAGGCUGUUCAGAAGGCUGCUGCUGGUUUGAAGGGUUCUGAGCACCGCCGAGCCACAAAUGUGAGUGCUAGGUUGGAUGCUCAGCAGAAGAAGCUUAACCUGCCAAUCCUUCCAACCACCACCAUUGGUUCCUUCCCGCAAACCAUUGAACUCAGGAGGGUCCGCCGUGAGUACAAAGCUAAGAAGAUUACGGAAGAGGAAUACAUCAAAGCCAUCAAGGAGGAAAUCAAAAAGGUUGUCGAACUACAAGAGGAGCUUGACAUUGAUGUUUUGGUUCACGGAGAGCCUGAGAGGAACGAUAUGGUUGAGUACUUUGGGGAGCAGCUGUCAGGUUUUGCCUUCACUGUGAAUGGAUGGGUGCAAUCCUAUGGAUCUCGCUGUGUGAAGCCACCAAUCAUCUAUGGUGAUGUUAGCCGCCCCAAGCCAAUGACCGUCUUCUGGUCGUCUGCUGCUCAGAGCAUGACUUCUCGCCCAAUGAAGGGAAUGCUUACUGGCCCUGUCACCAUCCUCAACUGGUCUUUCGUCAGAAAUGACCAGCCAAGAUUCGAGACCUGCUACCAGAUUGCUUUGGCCAUCAAGGAUGAAGUCGAGGACCUUGAGAAGGCUGGUAUCAAUGUCAUCCAAAUUGACGAGGCUGCCUUGAGAGAGGGGCUUCCUCUUAGGAAGUCCGAGCAGGCUUUCUACUUGGAAUGGGCUGUCCACUCCUUCAGGAUCACCAACAUUGGCGUCCAAGACACCACUCAGAUCCAUACCCACAUGUGCUACUCCAACUUCAACGACAUCAUCCACUCCAUCAUAGACAUGGAUGCUGAUGUCAUCACCAUUGAGAACUCUCGCUCUGACGAGAAGCUCCUCUCUGUGUUCCGUGAGGGAGUGAAGUACGGUGCUGGAAUCGGCCCUGGUGUCUACGACAUCCACUCUCCCAGAAUACCAUCAACUGAAGAAAUCGCCGACAGGAUCAACAAGAUGCUUGCAGUGCUGGAGAAGAACAUCUUGUGGGUCAACCCGGAUUGUGGUCUCAAGACCCGCAAGUACCCUGAAGUGAAGCCGGCUCUCCAGGCCAUGGUUGCAGCAGCCAAGACCCUCCGCACCCAGCUUGGCAGCGCCAAGUGAAGAUGAGAGUUUUUCGUUUAGGAAACUGUUGAUGAAUGGGGAAAGGAUUUUAUAUUUCUUUACUGAGAAAAACAGAAGGGAAUAUUGUUGGACUCAAUAACUGUGGUUUUCCAGUAUAGUAGAGGGAGAAAAGAAAACAGAUGCGUUCCCAUAGUGGGCGUUGAGUUUGCUUUCCGUUAUUUCUUUUGGGUUUGUUGUUAAAUUCUUGUUUUUGUUCUGGUCUGGCUCCUUCAAAUUUGUUGUACCCUCCAAUUUCAUUUUCAAGAGAUGUCAAAUUGUCAAUUGCUAGCAGUGUACCUUUUAUGUCAUGGAAAUUAAUAGGAUGUUUCCCCUUUGCUGUGGACUUGGGUUUAUUUUGAAGACGGGGUAUCGCUCCAAGGCUUCAACACGUGCUGAUGUCUCUCUUGGUGUCAGUAUGCUAGACCUAUUGAUUCUCCCUGUACGCUAUGCUAAAUAGAAUUCUAGCUCAUUUUAUUCUCUGUAAAGUCUUUCCUCUGUGCUGCAAAAGACUAAAAAUGUCAAAUUUUGAGACUAGAGUGUCGG